CCAAUGGACAGUUUAGAGUGACCAGCACAUGUGUGUCACUGCUGUACUUAUCUGACCAUUUAGUAAAGUGUGAACUUAAACUCUUUGUUGUGAUAAUACCUCCAGUGGUCCAUCCUCGUAUUGGAUAUGCAACAGAGGCUGAUUAUUUGGAACACUAUUUUUAUUUCACCUGCCAAAAAGUGAUUUAUUAUUGUUUGGGGGAAAAAACAUCUAAAAUUGAUUUUGAAGUGAUAUACAAAUUUCACAUUUUGGGUGAAAAACAAAAUCUGCAAAACAUUAUCACUAAAGGUGUUUGGUACCAGAGAUAUUUUUACCUUCUGUGUAUGGAGAGUUCCAUGAUUUUGUGAUGGAGGGUACAGACAAUCAGAAGCUGCAACAGAAUGGCGAGGAUGACACCCCCAACGGUCAUGCUGACCCAGGCACAGAUAAAGGCCACUCACAAGAUCCGUUUUGUGAGGUCAAAGGUCGGCAGAAGAUGCAGGGGGAUGAGCCUGGGUAUAAUGAACCCGAAGAUUGCAGCGAAUCCAUCCACGAUUUAGGAGGCGCAAUAAAAAGGGCGGAUGCUGUGUCCCCACAGAUAGCUGAUGGGGUAGAUAAGGUGAUGUCGGAGGACCACACCCUCAUAGAAAACCAAGAGGAUUGGAAAAAAACCUACGGCGAAAACAUCAACGAAGAUGAUCAUUUAAACAACUCCAGUUACCAUGGUGAUAGUCAUGAAAAAAGCAACCAUCUUGACAACUCCAGUUUCCUUAGAGACACUGAUGACCUUGAGGACAGCUCUAGCCCUAUAGUUUCUCCAUAUGAUGAUCAUGAUGGUCUGAAUGUAAACAAUUCUUCGUACAUCUCCGAUGGAAGCAGUUUCGACACAGAUAGCAUCAAUCUCGUUCCAAAUAAGGAGGGUGUUUUUUUCUGUCACCUCUGCAGCUUUUCAGGCAGAAAUCAAGGCGAGUUUGAACAGCAUAUGACCUGCCAUUUUGAGCACACGUGCCCACACUGUGACUACAAGUCCCGAACAGAAGGACGAUUGAAGCGUCACAUCAAAGAUUUCCAUACAGAGGACCCACCAGAAGGAUUCGGGACCAAAAGAAACAUGGGGCGCCCAAAAGUGUUCAGGUGCAAGCAAUGUGACUUUUCAGCAAUAGAGAAGGAAGAGUUUUGGUCUCAUGCCCGGAGCCACAUCAAGGAAGACAAGAUACUGCAGUGUCCUCGUUGUCCUUUCGUCACGGAAUACAAGCACCACCUAGAGUAUCACCUUCGUAAUCACUUCGGGUCAAAGCCUUUCAAAUGUAACAAGUGUAACUACUCGUGUGUAAACAAGUCCAUGCUGAACAGCCACAUGAAAUCCCACACCAACGUGUACCAGUAUAGAUGUGCCGACUGUACCUACGCCACAAAAUAUUGCCACAGUCUCAAACUUCACCUUCGCAAAUACAACCACAAACCAGCCACGGUGUUGAACUCGGACGGUAGUCUGCCGCAGGGCAUUGACGCAGAGGCUUCUGGCCUCUCUCUGAUGCAGAAGAGAGGUCCUCCACGUGGACCAAGGGGUCCAAGGAAGGACAAGUUUGACCCCUUUGUCAGUCAGUUUCUUAACAUGCCCCAUGUUGGACUGCCUGGUAUGCCAGCAGGUAUGAACGGCGGGAUGAUGUCGCCGUAUUGGCCAGUACUAAACCAGUUUCCACCCAAUGGCCUUCACGCUCCGCCUCCACUGGUACCAGUAUCCAUGAACUCUCCACUCGGAACUCUACCUCAAGAAUUUGCGCAACGUAAGAUUGCACUGCAAUCAACCCCUGGUAUGGGCAAUAGCCCUGGAGGCCACAAGCUGUCGCCCAACUCUCUCUUCAAAUGUAAAUUCUGUAGUUUUGCCUCGGAUAUCAAAAAUGAUUUGCUACGUCAUGUCAUGAAAGUACACGCAUCAGAAAACCGAGAUCUCUUCUCAAUUAUUGGUAUUUCUCCUGAGGCAUUUCUUGAAGAUCGCUAUAAACAUAAAUUUGGAAGUCCAGGCAGCAAGUUUCAUGCUGAUGACGGGAAAUUUCCGACGCUCAACAUUAAGAGGGAGCUCCCUUCACCUGAAAGUGUUAAGUCUAGCACUCCUUCCUGGCCCGAGGAAUACCCUGUUGGGUCCUCACCAACUAAGGCCAGGUAUUUGCACAGUCCAAAUGGAGGCUUUGCAGGGUUAUCGAAGAUGUCGUAUGACGCUUACAAAAAUGGGAUGAAGAGUCCACUGAAAGUCCCCGACCCUCCUGCUGGGGAGGACAUCAUCAAGCAAAUGAUGCACAAAUUCGGAUCAGGAAUGCCAGCAACCAGUCCACGCGUCAAUCGUGAAUCGUCUCCUCUAGAUCUCACCAAACGAAGGUCCCCAUCAAUGAGUCCCACCCUGGCUGAAGGAUACAACCAAUAUCCCCAAGACAGGAAUAUGUUCCUGGAAAGACAUGACAUCAUGCCAACUGGUGCAGAAAUGUAUGAACAUGAACUGCCAAGAAGGAGACCAAUUGAUAAGCUCCCUCAGGAAGAAUCGCAGGAACUUCCCAGGAAGAGACCAACUGAAGAGCUCCUCCAUGAAGAAUCACGGGAAAUGUAUGAAAGCGAACCACCAAAGAAAAGGUCGAGGAAGGGGAAAGCCUUUAAACUGGACACGCUUUGUAUGAAGCUGCAAGAGAAGGCUGGAGACAGCGAUGUUGAGGAUGCCUACAGUGGAUCGGACGGCUACGUCGACAAUGAGGCCCAUGGGACGCGACAGGAAUGUGACUCGGAGGCUUAUGGUGCGGAAACCAUCAGCAAUGAGGAUCAGAAUGAGGGCAGGCCUGAGGACAAAGAGGUUAAAAACAAUGCUGAAGAUUUUGAAGACGUGCAUAAAAACCUUGCCAUCCUGAAUAAUGGAAAGUGCAAUGAAUUUGCUGAAGGAGAGAAUAAGGAAGAGAUGGAAAGAAAAGAAUCCGUGAAAGAGGGAGAAGCAAAGGAUACAGAUGAUGAAAAUGGCAGAAGUAGAGAACAGAUGAAUUUGAAUAUCAAGAAAGCGCUUGAAAUGGCUCAGAUAAAAUUGAGGGAAACAGGAAGACGAAGAGAAAUGGAGAUGUCAAUGAGUGCCUGGCACGAGUCGAAUAAAGCUUACCACUUUCAACGAGGCAUGAACGGUCACAGUCUCCCCUCAACUUCUGACCUAGACACGCUACACAGCCGAUUUCCUGCAGACAAUGCUCAUGGUUCUUUCAUCACCAGCACUCCGAAGUCAAAAAGUACUGGCAUGAUGGGACACGAGGUGGAUAAAUACGAGUGUGCGUAUUGUGAAAUAGCUUUCCGUAACUGUGUUAUGUAUACCAUGCACAUGGGUUACCAUGGCUACCGCAAUCCCUUCAAGUGUAACAUGUGUGGUUUGACCUGCAGUGACAAAGUGGACUUUUUCCUCCACAUUGCUCGUGAGGCCCACAAUUGAUCACCUUAUUUUGUAUAUGUUGUAGAACUUAGAAAACAGCAUCUUGCGAGACAGCACACGUGUUGCUAUGAACUGUUAAUGCUUUUAGUCACUUUUUCCUCCAUACAAUUUUAGUGCUGCCGUUGAUAUGACCAGGUUCUGUCUAUCUGACGUUCUGUGGGAAACAUAAGAGAACCUUGGUGUGACAUUCAGUGCACAAAGUGAGUUUUUGGAUCAGCAGGAAUAGUCCGGCCGAUCCUUGUUGUCGUGUUCUUCUUGUGCUGUAUUUUGGUGGAGAGAUUGUGUCCCACAAAAGACAAAUGUGGGAUUCAGAUGUUUUCAUGACAUUUCUCCUCAAAAGACAUUUUGCAGCAGUUUAUUGUGUGCAUGAGAGACAGUGAUACACAGGGAAUAUAUAGAGGUGCGUGGUAGGAAAAAGUGGCCAUUGUUUAAUUGUACAUUGUUGUUGAAUUAUUUAUUUCUUUAUUUUUAUUAUAUUUGCUACCCACAGACAUUGUUUUGUCCCAGUCUGUCGUGGAGGUAAUUUGCAAUACAUGCCUUUCACAUGCAUAUAAAACGGGUGUUUAUUCACAUAUUCAUUCUGUACAUAUAUAUUAAACUUACUAUGAAGUAAUUCCUCCAUUCCAUUGGACAGACAUUACUUUAGCAGUUCCUCUACCAAAGGGGCCACAAAGUAUAUAAAGAUAUUAAAAAAUAAUUCAUGUCCAAAUACUGUUGAAUUUCAUUCAGAUUUGAUUCAUUCUGGAACAAUUGGAGAAAAUAAGUUCCAUUGUAUGUAAGGGGAGAUAACUCAUCAAUAACUCAUAGUUUAUUUAUUUAGCUGAAUCCUGCAAUAUUUAGUGUAGUGCAACCUUAUUGUAUCCUUCUACAGCAUACAGAGUUGUCACCCUUCCCAUCCUUCAUUGGCCAUUUCGUUGAAGGCAGCUAGUCAAAUAUCUGAUCAUCUUUAUUAGAUAUUAUUUUGUUACGCACGAUAUUUCUGAUGGGGCCAUGGAAAAUACGGGUUAUUUGAUUGGAUGUCUCACCAAGCUACGGGUCAUUUUAUUGGACAGAUGUUUCAUUUGAACAUCCACUCCUCAGGCUGCAGUUUUCCAAUCUUUUUUUUUUAUUAUUCUACAAUAAAAUGCCUGUGUAAUACUAUGGUGUCAUAAUGGUGAUACGCGAGUAUGUAUCCUGAAUAUAUUUGUAAAUAUGAAUUGUUAAGUCAUCAAACAUAUUAUUAUGACUGAUCAAGUUGAAGCAUAACAAUAUAUUUUCCCCAUCAUAUUUAGUCAUCAUCUUUUCUUUCAUACAGUAAUUUCAAUAAAACAACAUGGUUCUCAUAGACCUCUUACUAACACUUUUACUGGAGUUUGGUACUGUAGCAUGCACUUAGCGUACUUAUUGAAGAGGCAACUUAUUUUAGUAAUUUUUGUGAUGAUAAAGAAAUUAAAUGUUUAAAAAAAGAUAUUUUUAUAUUUAAAAUUACGAUAAUGGCUAAAUAUUAUAAAAUCCCUGUAUUCUAGUUUGUUAGAAAUAGCUGUUACACUACCACAUGGCUUGACACAGGAACCUGUAAAAAAUCAACAUUACAUGGAAAUAUAAGUACACUGAUAUACGAAUACUGACAGUAAAUCUCCUUUUGUUGUAUUUUCUCUCUCAUCCAUUUAAUACUAUAGCCUUUCAUCAUUCAUAUUAUCUGAAAUUCAGUCCCUGUAAAUGUAGUGUUACCAAUGAACCCAAUAGCUGUAUAUAUAAAUAUUUUGGAAUUUAUAUGACUUACAGCAGAACCUUGUCUAGCAGAUUCAUUCUGGAAAUAGUUUAGUUGGUUGAAAGUUUUACUGAUUAAGCUUUGAAUAGCUGGGCCAUAGGUCAUAUCUUUGAUGCAAAGUUAAUGAACUUGUUUAAUUUUCUUUUUUUACAUUUUUCUUAUAUUCAUGAUAUUAACAUAUUUCUGUUACUAUUUCUAGAAUUGAAUAGUUUUUGCAAACCUUUCCAAAAAACAAAUCUUCAAAUAUUUUAAGCUGAAAAAAAGUUUAAAUACUAAAUGCAGAUAGAAAAUAGUUAAUAAGGAUCCUUGUACCACUGCCGAAAACUAGCUGUUUGUUGGAAAUUUUCUUCCAGCAUUUCUAUAGCUUUGAUCAAUCAUUUCUAAAAGGAAAACUAUACCUUGCGAUAUUUCUAUGCAGAAUUUCACUGGAUUCAAACUGGAUUCCAUGUAUGCAUGAAAAAAAUGUGGUUUUUUCUAGUAUUUUGCUUGCAGUGGGUCAGAGAUCCUUAAUAAUCAUAAUUUGGUUUGUUUCUAAACUUUCUAACAAGGAACAAGAGUAUAGGUUGAUCAAACCUGUUUGCAAUUGUUGUAAAAUAAAUUAAGUUAAUUUUUAAACAAGGUUCUGCUGUAAUUAUUUAACUUAUCAUAUUUAAAAUUCAGUUUAAUUCGUUAAGUAGAACAUUUUAAAUAAAGUGUCUGUUUUCUCUGUAUAUGUUGGUAUAGAUACACAUGUACUGUCAAUGAAGUAGUUCUGUGUUUUAGCAAGUAGUAUCACUAUAGUUUUAGCGUAAAAUGCAAUAACUUUUUUAUUUGCUUUUGUUUUAUAAUAUCCCGGUAAUUUAGUUUAAUGAAAUGUUUAAAUCAACUAGUCAAGCGGCGCUGGCUGUAUCUUAAUUAAUAUAUAUAUAGUGUUGAUUUGUGUAAUACGUGUAUCUUAUAGUGCAGUUGUAAUAUAUAAUCCAAAUCAGGAUCCUUUGGACCAAUUAUGUUGCUGGAUCGGCAGUAUUGAUAUCAUUGUUUCAUAGAUUCCAGCUCACCUCCUAAAACUUCCGUAAUGAGUGUUACUAAUGAGAAAUAAGCAAACGUACCUCAAUAAAGCUCGGUUCUGAUAAAAAGCUCUACAUCUGAGGGUAGAAUUUCAUCGUCAUCAUCCACCUUACAUACGACCCACUGUCAUUAUCUACAUCAAUGGUGCAAAUUCAUGUUUUUUUUUCCUUUAUGAUUUGACGGCAUUAACACUAUUCUGCUGAUAAUACUGUAUACAGGUCACUGUGUAGUGUACUUAUCAUGUUUUUUUGUUUUUUUUAUGCAUGUUUUAUUUUUUAAGUUUAAUCCUUAAUGAUGUCCUUGCUUGUAUUUGACCUUGCAAAGGACAGGUGCUUUUAAAAUGUCUACAAUGUCAAAGUGUUGCAUAACCGGACUAAAAAUAACCCGAUAAUUUUUCUUUCGCAUUAACAGUAUUUUCACUGAUGGCCGAUAGUUAGUUGUUUUGUUUUAUAUAUUACAUAGUGGAAAUAAAUUUUCUUAAUCACAACAAAUUACUGCAGUAUUCUGCAAAAUUGGUUGUAUAUACAGGUUUUGUGUUCUUCAAAUGUAGCACAAUUGUAAAACUAGGUCCUCCACUACUUAUACGUGUAUUUCUGUAUUUUUGUUUGGUAAUGUCAGGACUAAUGGAAAAAGUCAAGAGACAAAAUGGAUGCACAUACUUUGAAAAACCUUGUUAACUGCCCCAUUUGUUGAGCCUAAUUUUGUUGUUAAAGGUUUGGAAAGACAUUGAAGGAGACAGAUGUAUAAAGAAAUCUUUUGAAAACAUUGAAAAGGGGAAUGGAAAUUUGUUGGCGGUAAGCGAGGUGACGAAUGCGAAGAGAGGCAUUAUAUCAAGGUUUUCCUGUUUCACACUCCUAUUGGGCGGUUAUACUUUAGUCCAGAAUGCAACAGUUUGAUAGUGUAGAACAUUUGUUUUGUUUAUAGGUGCUUUUCAUCUAGAUCAUUAUUAUACAAACAUUUUCUUUACUUUCUGUUACUGAGCUUUUUGUUGAUUUAUCAAGAAAUUAAAGGCUAUGUUUCAUUCAAUACAUUUUCUGGUAGAAAUCCUGCGCUGGGGACCGCUAAUUUGUCAUCAACCUUAAAAUCAGUUUGACGCAUUUUUUUUUUUAUCCAAUUAGCAAACCAAGUACCUGCAUAGAAUUUGAUAUGUUCCUCUGGUUUUGUGGUUUGAAGGUCACCACUGUGAACUACCAUUGCAUUGAAUGUUUUUUUAGCAGUGAUUGCUAUAAUUAACAUAUCUUUAAUACAAAGUUUGAUGGUUCAAUUCUUAUGAAAUUUUAAUGUAAACUUCAUGAACCAUUUACUUAAGUUUAAGUGAUCUUAAACCAUUCAUAUUUUCAAAGUCAAAGUAAAGUCCAUCACUGUUUAAAAUAAUUUUGACUAUAAAACACUUUGUUAAAAAACUGAAUACAUUGUCUAUGUGCUUCUACUUCUGUAUAAUUUUCAACAGUUGUCAUAAAAAUUCAACAAAUUUGAAAAACUAGUACUCAGACCUGAUUCCCGUUGAUUGCGUGGUGAUAGGUGUUGUAAUGUUAUUUGUUGUUGACACAAAUUCCAGUGUUUCGUUUUAUCUUGUAACAAGUUAGUGCUUGGAGAUUACUGGGCCUGUUGGCUACUGCCAAUAUUCAAUGUGUGGGUUUGUAUUAAAAUGUACUCGAUGAACCAGUUCAUAUGACAUUUUCUGCCACUGUCGGUUGCUAUAGUAAUCAUACAUUGUAAAUGAUUGCUAAUCGCCAAUUAAUGUGUAAAAAUAAGCACUUAGCGUAUUUCGGUUAAAUAUGAGAUUUCAUGUAAAUAUUUCCAAAGGGAGAUAACUAUGGGCAUUACUAUCGACGCUUAUUACCUCGUCCACAUGUGUGUUUAACUGUGUCAUAUAAUGCUAACAAUAGAAACUUCUGUGUAUAAAUAAUGUAUUUUUUAAAAUGUUUGUUUCAUUAUGAAAUUACUCAAAUUAAAAUUCUAUUCAUAAGGAAAUCAAACAUAUUUUUGUUCUACCAAUGGUUUCAAUUCUAUGAAAUAAUCAAAAAUUCUAUUUUAACUUUGGAUUUCAAUAUUCAUGCAGUUUGAGAUUAUGUCAAUUUUUAUGAUUAAUGAAAUUCAAUCAAAUUAUUUUCAAUGGAAGAAUUUGCAAGACUUUGUAAAUUUAGGUGUAUAAUUUGGUAAUUUUCAUGUACUCUGUUUUUUCUGAAUACAGCAAUCUUAUGUAAUAAAACUGAGGCAUUUCAUAAUGUUCAUCUAUCUCAUGCCAGUUAUUGGUUUGCUUGAUUUUAUGAGAAACAAAAAUCAAACUACAAACAGUAUUUCUAGACUACUUUUGUACAUUGAUACAAAUAUUUAUGUUGGUAUUGACAUGAAUGUGUAUUGAACUGCUCGUUAAGUCAAAAAAGCCGAUGGAAUCUAGAUUUCAUAUGUAGGGUUAUAUUGCUGCUUUAACUGCGGCAUGCCCAGGGGGCUUAGACCCCAGAAAGGGGGUAAUAUUACUGUUUGUUAACUGCAACAAGCCCAGGGGGUCAAGACCUCAGAAAGGGUAACAUUAGUUAACUGUGAGAAGCCCUUGUAGCCUAGACCUCCUCACACCCAGGGAAAGGGGGGUAAUUAAUGACUGACUUGGUUACCUGUAACAAGCCCACACGCCCAGGGAAAGGGGGGUAAUUAAUGACAGUAGAUAAUGACUGACUUGGUUACCUGUAACAAGCCCACAAGCCCAGGGAAAGGGGGUUAAAUAAUGACUGACUUGGUUACCUGCAACAAGCCCACAAGCCCAGGGGGCGGGGGGCUAGAUCUCAGAAAGAGGGUAAUAUUGACCGACAUUUUUACACGAAACAGGACCACGAGCUCAGUGGGUGGGCCUAGACCUCAGAAAGGGGCAACAAUGCCCAACUUUGUUACCAGUAAUAAGUCCACCUCCUUUCCCCCCUCCUUCCAUGCAAUAGAGGAGUCACUGGUUAUAUGCCCAUUCUCCUUCCUCAAGUGUUGUAGAUUUGGAGUAGGUACAGUGGACUUAUUCGCAAAUUAAUAUAGAAAUGUUUUACCAGAAAUAACUUUCAACGGUAAAAUCUGUUGAGCUUAAGACAAUAACACAGGCUAAUCACCGGUAAAAACCCUCAGUUAUAAUUCAGUUGUAUUAUCACGCAUGAAAAUAGGAGUAUGGAUGACUUGACUGGUUAACAGAGUUAACAACAGUCGGUAACAAUUAUUUAGUUUAUCAGUACAGAACAUAAACAAUUGUGUAUAAAUGUUGAUAUUUACAUCAAGACUGAUGUAUUCUUGCCUCAUACAACUACCUCAGGGAAUAUAGGAUAUGAAAUGUAAAUAACGGGAGAAAAAAAUAACUAUUUAUGAAGAUUUUUGUUGAUGAAAAUGAUAUCCUAUUUAUUGGUGUUUUGUAAAUAUAUGUCUAGAGAGAUUGCUUGUAUGCAUAACUCAACUUUUUCUUGUUUAACAUGUAUCUUGUAUUUCGCAAAAAAAAUAUCUAGAAUUUUUUUUAAUUUUCUGUUAAAAUUAUUUAUAUAAUCCAUGAUUUUUGUGUUUGAAAUCGUUAUAGGUAAGUCUUAUUUUCCAAAUGAUUUAGACUUCCUCAUUAUGGAAAUCCUUUACGAUAUAUUUGAUAUUUUUUUUAAUUGACCUUCAGUACAUUAUGUAUUCAUUCCAUAUUUUGAGAUAUUGAUGUUUGUGCAUCCAGCUACCCUCCACCGUACAUGUCGUAUACUCAUCUCUGAUGUCACAUACACAGGCCUACACAUUUUAGAUAAAUUAAAAGGAAUUAAAAUAUAUGUGAUGUUAACGUAGAAUGUGUUUCUAAAUUAGAGAAUAUUUAUCAUUUGCAUGUUGAAUUUGUUCAAGAAAUCAUGCAAAUUGAUUGAAAAUUUAGACAAACUUUUAGACAUUGUCCAUUUUUUUCUUAUUUUUUCUCUCUCUCCAAUAUUUAAAUUCAAAAUGAUUUGAAUAAAAUAAGAUGAAGUCUUCAUGAUGACAUAACUUAAAAAAAUAUUUGAAAAUAAUGAUUAUUAAAACGUAAAUUUUGUGCUAGUUUUGUUUGAAUUAUAUUAAGUAUAGCAUCAGUUUUACUAGCGAUUUAAUUCAAUAUUAUUAACCCUUGAUGUUAAUAAUAUUUAUAAAGAAAAAAUUGUGAUUUGUAUAAUUUUCAUAUUGAAAUGAAAAGGUUUCCAUUGGGCGAAUCAGUCUAUUAGUCACCAUGCCCUUAUAUGGUUAUGUGUAAUUAUUGUAUGUUUAAUCAGUGCGAUAGUUCCCCCACUCCAACACAUGUGUAAUACAGUCUUGUACAAUGUAAUACAGUGUAUUAGUGUACAAUAUAAUACAGUGUAUUCUAAUACAAUGUAAUACAGUGUAUUCUAGUACAAUGAAAAUCCAAACUAUCUUCUAGAAUAAUGCAGUAAUUUGUGAUGUACAAUGUAUUCAUAUUGUGGAGCAUGUAAUAAAAAAGUUGA